UGUAACUCGAAGACAAUUUUCAAAUACGAUUGAAAAUUUCUCUGUGAUAGCACGAUAGAUAGACCGUACAGCUCAGUCUCAACGAUGUUCUGAGCUUUCGACCGAGGAAGAAGCCGCCUUUAUACAAAAGCAAAGCGUACCAAUGACGUAAUUUACGCUUAUAGUUUCCGCUUAAAAUUCUAACGGGUAAUCUAUUUUCGAUUCGCCGUUGUGCGAGAAGGAAACGGCGCUACGUGAAAUCUUGUCCUAAGCCUAAACGCAAAAAGAUUGCAAAUAAAUAGAGAGGAUUUUCCAAUCUUAAGUUUUACGUAGAAGAGUAUAGAGUAUAAUAUCGAAGGAUUAAAAUUGAUUUAUAGUUCGUGCUACUUAUUCGUUGCCAGUGAUACAUUACUGUAGACAUUUGGAUUUGACGUUUCAUAUACAACAUGCCGAGUAAUAAAUUUGCGAACUUAUUAUCGUUCGCAUGUUCUCUCGUCUCUCCUUUCAAUGCGAGUUUAAAUAAGCUCCGUGGGGAAGGAGAAUACUAUAAAUCCAAAAUCGUUCAGCGAGAGAAAACUUCUUUUCUUUUAAAUAAUUAUAUUAUUUCGUUAGAGUAGAUUGUCAUUUACGAUCACAUAAGUGUAAUUUAAUCAUUCGUUCGUUCGGACAGGAGAAUAAUUUCGGCACGAAGUUGAGCCGUUUUUCAUGAUCAAACUUGUUCAGUGUCAGAUUUUGCAGGCUAUAUGUGAAUGAAGUAAAUCUGGGUCGAAGCAAGUUUCGUCCUUGAAUAUAGUUUUUAAAAUGAGGAAUUACUCGUUCAUCGAAUAAAAUGUAUAAACUUAAAAUGAAAAAGUUCGAAAAGAUAAGAAAGAUAGAAGAGAAAAGUUAGCAAAUGUUUUUAGGAUCGUAUUAUAGUGGAAACGUUUGGAUAUAUGAAAUGGAAGAAGGUUGAAUCAGGUGGAAUUGGUUUGGAGCCCGGUAGAACCAGGUGGAGCUUGGUGGAACCAGGUUCGAAGUGUUCGUGUAAAGGAAGGUCGUCCUACGCGGUGGUAGCUGCCGCGGCUUCGCGGAUCUAAUUCGGUCAGCUGAAAAGGGGCUUUAAAGAUUCGGUGGCACGCUUUUCUUCGACCGUGGCAUGCUCACGUUCGAUCAUCGACGGAAAUAGCGUUGGCAUUGUUCCGUUUCCCUCCAGAAACGUCUUUCAUGGCAAGGAGGUCGACUAAUUUCUACCUUUCUUCAAUGAUACGCCGUUUAACCUCUUAAAUCAUCAGCUAUGGGAUUUUAUUAUUAUUUUUCUUUUUUUCUUCUCUUUCUUUUUUUUUUCUUUUUUUUUUUUUUUUUCAAUAAGGCCAUCUUCCAUAGAAAUUAUUAUUGUUCGUGAAGUUUAUAUGAAAAAAGUAGAGGGGAAAAACAUUUUUUUCAGCCAUAGUUCUGCUUAUAAUCGUCGAAAAUAUAAUAAAAUUUUGAAGAUUCGUAGAUUCGUGUAGACGGACACCUGGCGCCCGUCUUAAUUACUUGCGUCGUCCAAGCAAGCACGCGGAAAAUCAGAUAAUUCGUGGAAUCUCUUUGCGUGUAAAGCGAGUAGACGGACACGACGAAGCGCCGAUUUAUUUUCGCUCCUAUUCCGAUAGGCCGUUGAGGAUGCGUUUAUUUUUGGCGCCAGUCAUGAAAGUACUUCGGAGCGGACGAGGAUCUUGCGGCCACUCUUUCGUCUUGUCCCGUCGCGUCGUCUUUUCUUUCCUUUCUUUUUUUCCUUUUCUCUUCUCUCCUCUCUUAUCCUCUCCUCUCUAUUCCUUCCCUCAUCUCAUUACUAAUUUCUCACGAGUAAGCAAAAAGUUGAUUCUUCGAGGAUUCCAUAAAACUCGUUUCGUUUCGUUUCAUUUCGUUUCGUCGAAGAUUUCUCUUAUUCAAUGUUAAUUGAUUUUCUUUUUUCUUUCAUUUUUGAAGGCUUCGAAGUAUUUAAUAUUUAUUUAAAAAUUGCAAAUAAUAUAAUAUGUGAAAAGGAGAUACGACGAUUUCUUCGAAGAUUUCUUAAAUCGCUUUACGUAAUUUGAUGAUUUUUUUUUUCUUUAUUCAAUGUUAAAUAAAAUAUUUUUUAGAAGGCACAAAAUGAUAUUAAUAUUUAAUAUUAUUUAAGAAAAAAAAAAAAAAAAAAAAAGGUGAAAUUAUACGCAUGAUAUAAUGUAAAAAAAAGAAAAGGUAUGAAUUUUACGAUAAUGCUAGGAUAGAAAAAUCUAAAUUAUUUCUCAAUGGGAUUCCGAAUGGUCAUAAAUAAUUACUUUUCUCCUAAAUUCGAUCGAUCAAGAGGCAUAAAUAUAGAUCAUCGAGAGUUCGAUAAGCUCGUUCGUACUCGUUUCGAUAUCUUUUUGGAUAGUAGCCAGAACAGUGUACCGCGCGCAAAGCGCGUGUCGAGGAUCCUCCUGAUGAUGAAAUCAUAAGCCAUGAGGUAAUGGAAAGAAGAUCUAUUGUAUGACGCAAAAGAAAGAGAAAAGGAUGUUAUUUAAAAAAAAAAGAAAAAAAAAAAGAAAAAAAAAAAAAAAAAAAAAAAAAAAAACCCGACUUUAAAUAUUCGAUUCGUCGAGAUUUUGCAAUCGCUUCAGGACCUUUUUAAAAUGAAAUUACAAAAAAAAACUUACGAUGGAAAUUAAAAGAUCGAUCGAUCGAUUCUUAAUCAUGUUCGUUGCGAGUGAUCGUAUUAAAGACACCAAUUUAUUCGUCCAGGGUUAUUUGUUCUAAGUAUAGAAUUUAGCCGCAUAUAGUGGAUCCACGUCGUCGCGGAGUCGACGCGACGGCGGCGGCAAGGCAGAGAGGAGAAGUCGAGCGUUCUUUGCUUUCCGCUCGCGGAAAUAAAACAGUUCUUCAUCGGAUACGCUCGCACGGAUAAGCUGUCGAUAAUCUCGGGUUUGACAACCCCUAUUCGGCUUAGCUCUCUCUCUUUCUCUCUCUCUUCCUUCCGAUCUAUCUCUUUCUUGUAUCUUCCUUUCUCUUUCAGAGCAACGAAAACUAUCCAGAGAAACUCGUGACACGAUUGGCCACGUAUAUCUGUUUGAGUUGUUAAAAAAAGAGGAACGAAAAGAGGGGGAGGAAGAAAGAGAGAGACUGAGAUAGAUAAAUAGAUAGAUAGAGAGAGAAAGAGAGAGAGAGAGAGAGAGAGUGAGAGAGAUAGACAGAGGAAGAGAGAGAGAGAGAGAGAGAGAAAGAGAGAGAACGAGAGGAGUAUCAGAAAACGUGAUCGGAGAGACGAAUACGUGGUCCGUGUUACGUAGUGGACAUAAACCAAGUCUAGCGUGGGUGUCUUCUGCUUCUCAAGGAUUACGUAAUCUCGUCUCUUUCUUUUGCUUACGUCAGCUAUCUUGAAGAUCGCGGACGACGAAGACGAUGAACGAAAAGGACCUUCCGUUUCGUCUAUAUCGGUCUUAUCUUUGGAUAAUUUAUCAAAGAAAAAUCAUCGAAUUUACGAUGCCAUGUGAUCGAUCCGUUUUGAAAAAUACAUUGAUACGUAUUUUCAGAGUUAUUAUAUUUUCCUGAAAAAUCUAGAUGAUCUUUCUUGUGAUCACGAUUGGAACGGCUAAGAUCGAGCAACGAACGAACGAGUUCUUCUCUUCGAUCGAAGACGAUUUAUCUGAAGCUGAAUACUUCUUUAGCCAGAAAUUAGUUGGAGAACGGGCAUCGAUGUUAAAAGGAACGAACGACCGUGUGCCAAUAAAAUGAUACACGACUUGAUCUUUCGCGGAGUGUUUAACCGAUUUUAACCUCGUUGUGCAAGAACUCCUCGUAUAUAAAGGAUUUUAUUGAGAAAUCUCGCUUUUGCAUUUGAUCUUUAUUGUAGUAAGAGAUCGGUUAAAGAGUAAACGUUACGACGAUCGAAGAUAUCGAUAUCUGAAUGGCGAGGCACGUUCGAAACAAUUAAUUCAAUCGAAGAUCGAACGGAGAAAAUUCGUCGGAAAAAUGGGUUUGCUUUUGUCGGUGCUCGUUGGUUGCGUUGGAGUCCUUGAAUUGUUAACGUGCCUUAAUCGAGUAUCCCAUCGUUCGAUCACUUGGAUCGAUCCACCGACAACAUGUCUGUCUUAUCACGAUCGUCCUCAAGGUGGAUUCACAAUACAUGAUUCUUUAUGUGGUAUUGGUCAUUCGAGAGAUCUUGAUUUAUCCUCUGGCGCCAAGUACAAGUUGGAAAAUCUUCAUGAAUAUAGUUUGAGAAUACGAAGCGAACUUCGAUCCAAGGAUCAAACUUUCGAUGGCAAUACUCUUACCGAUUGUAGUACUACGGAUCUUUUGGCUAGAUCGGAAUCAAAAAUUGAUCCCGAUUUCGAAAGUCUCUCGAAAGAGUUCGGCGAAUCUACUGAGAUUAUUACAUCUACGCUCGCGGAAAAAUCAGAAGAAUAUUUUAGAGUACCGACGCCGAUAUCGAUUAUUGCUACUACUCGAAAAUCGGAAUCGGAAUUGAGCAACGAAUCCGACAUAUCCUUCGACGAGGAUAUUUUGGAAAAGCGUGUAAAAACGAAAACGUUCGAUGUUUCGCUAGUUCGAGAUACAACAAGGUACGAAGAAUCUCCCUUAUCUGGAAAUGAAUCCGAUUAUGAAGACACAUCGAUAUUAAAAAAAUUAAUUCAAAGGUCAAAAUCACCGGAUGUUUCCAAAAAAUUUGAUAGCAUAGAAUCGUCAAAAAUUGAUACGGAAGUCGAUAAAAAUCGACAAUUGUUAAAAAGAUCUAAAAUCAAGCCAUCGACGACAAUCGUUCGAAAAGCAACGAGAUUGAAAUCGAAGAAUGCGAGGAUUAGCAAAUCCGCGGAAAAUCUUAGUACAAAGAAAUCUAAGAGACAACGCGAACCAGAGAGACGUAAAUCAGAUAUAUCUGUACAAACGUCACGUAAUAUUUUCAAAGACGAAUGGACGAACACGUCUCCUCCGGGAAGUCCGAGUUUAUCCAGAUCUGAAAGCAGGGCUAGUGUUUCUGUUCAAGUACAAACUAGUUUUGAGGAGAGACCAUUCGUUGAAAAACUCGAAACUGUGGAACUCCAAGUGGAGAAUCCUGCGUUGGGUUUAUCCGAAAGUAAACGAGACUUAUAUUCUCGUGAGAAACGUGCUAAAAGUUCUUUCAAACGUAGAAGAUUUCGAUCAGCUUCAACCGAGACUACAAGUACCGACGAUUGUGCCGAUCCUCAUGUCAUCGAAUAUGCUAUUGCUUCCGUGGAGAGGUCAUAUAAUCAGGAUCAUUCGAACUCCUUGAAAAUAUCCACUUUUGAGGAAGCUAGUAGAAACGAUUAUGGGAGGGUCAGGGACAUCAUUUUUGAGACAGAGUCGACAACCCGAAACGAUGGAGGAAGGGAGAAGAAGGAACCAGUAUUAUUCUUCAAGUCGAUGUCCUCUUUCGAGGACGACGAGGAAUACGUCAGCGCGGAAGAUGUGAGUUCCAUCCACGGAAAAGGACACAUUGAAUACACCACACCUGACACCGAUCGGAACAAAGCUUUCUGGAAAAGUUGCACCCGGCACACUGCACCGAGGAUUGGUAGGAGCGUCCGGCCAGUGAAGGAAGAGGAGGAAGAGGAAGAGGAAGAGGAGAAGGAGGGAAAGGUGUCCGAAAGAGAGGAGGGAAGAGCGCGGUGUUUCUGGAGUCGUCGGGACGCCGAAAAUAGCGUCCCGAUAUGAUGACGCCCGGAGCAGACCGAUCCUAGAUUUCAGUCAGUUCGCAAGCUCGAAAGCUGCUGGGCACAACGAGCGAUCCCGCGACUCGCGACUUUCGAUUUAAAUUUUCGAUCGAUACGAAGAAAACAAUUUUUCUUUUUCCUACUCUACGACGUUGUCUUCCCUCGUUUUCGAGACUUUCAUCUCGCUCUCUAUAUCUAUCUCUAUAUUUAUCUUUAUUUAAUAUCAUAUCUUUAUAAAAACUCGUUCGCGUUCAAUCUCGCACGAGUUUUUGUUGGGAAGUUUUUAAGGAAAGAAUUAAAACACAGAGAUAGAAAAAAAGAGGAGAAGAAAAGA